GGUACUAGUACUCUAUUCAAUGAGAAAAGUCAAACUCAAACUAACACACUCAAAGUCUCAAACUGUAGCAUGAAUAUGAACAACAUAAACAGAAACAUGAAAACAAGAUUGAAAUCCUUCAUCAAAACCCAUAAUCCCAAUCUCAAAAUCCAAACUUGCACAAAACCCAUUUUCCCAAUCCAAAUACUCUUCCUAACUCUAUGUUCUUCUCUAAUCCCUGUCUUAUCAUACCAUAAACCACCACCACUUCCAAUUUUACCCCUCCCCAAUGCAUUUCAGCUCCAAUGGCAAAAAUCCAACAUGGCCCUUUUCUUCCACUUCGGACCAAACACUUUCACAGACUCAGAAUGGGGUACUGGUCACGCUGACCCAACAAUCUUCAACCCCACAAAACUCAAUGCAUCUCAAUGGAUUCUUGUUGCUAAAGAAUAUGGAUUUUCUCGAGUUUUGUUAACUGCGAAACAUCAUGAUGGGUUUUGUUUAUGGCCUUCUGAGUACACUGAUUAUUCAGUGAGGUCAAGUAAUUGGAGAAAUGGGAAUGGUGAUGUUGUUGCUGAUCUUGCCGCCGCCGCGAAAGACGCCGGAGUUGGUCUUGGGGUUUAUCUUUCGCCGUGGGAUCGGCAUGAAGAGUGUUAUGGUGAUACCUUGCGGUAUAAUCAACAUUACUUGGCACAAAUGACUGAGUUACUCACAAGUUAUGGAGAGAUAAAGGACAUUUUUUUGGAUGGUGCGAAAGGAGAAGGAGAGAAGAACAUGGAAUAUUUCUUUGAGAGUUGGUUUUCUCUCAUUCACCAGCUCCAACCAAGUGCCGCAAUUUAUUCUGAUUCUGGUCCUGACAAUAGGUGGGUUGGUAAUGAAUAUGGGAUUGCUGGAUCCACUUGUUGGUCUCUUUUCAACCGGUCCGUCAUUGGAAUUGGUGACAUCGACAAUGAUCCAGAAUACCUAAAGCAAGGAGAUCCAUUUGGUUCUGAAUGGGUGCCUGCUCUUUGUGAUGUCUCUAUCAGACCUGGUUGGUUUUGGCAUCCUUCAGAACAUCCAAAAUCUGCGAGGAAACUACUUGAAAUAUACUAUACUUCCGUUGGUCGAAACUGUAAGCUGUUAUUGAAUGUCCCCCCAAACUCCUCGGGCCUUAUUUCAUCUGAAGAUAUUCAGGUUCUUCGAGAGUUCAGCGAACUCCGUCGCUCCAUAUUUUCCCACAAUUUGGCUGCAAGUGCUUCACUUAAUGCCAGCAGCACUAGAGGAGGUAUCCGAGAUUCUCGCUUUAGUCCAUACAAAGUUCUUGAAGAAGGUAUACACACUUAUUGGGCUCCCGAGGAGAGCCAAACUAAAUGGAUAUUGUACAUAAAUCUCAAAGAACUAGUAUCCUUUAAUGUUCUACAAGUUCAAGAGCCUAUUCAAAUGGGACAAAGGGUGAUUGAGUUUCAUCUUGAGGCUUUGAACCGAGACGGUUUAUGGAAGCGAGUUGUAAAUGGCACCACAAUUGGAUAUCAGAGGCUGUUGCUGUUUCCGAAACUAAAAUCUCAGUAUUUGAAGCUAGUUGUAGACAAGUCAAGGGCAGAACCUUUGAUAUCUUACUUAGGGAUCUACAUGGAUCCAGUUACAAUUUUGAAUGAGAAUGUAUCUGAUAAAAGAUCGGCUACCUAUUUCAAUGGAACUCAAUUUCUUCGCAGUACCACGAACAAUAGUUCUCACAGUGCUACAAUGUAAACUUUUAUGUUGUUGAUUUUUUUUUUUUUUUUAUGUAAUUGUAAAAUUUGUUAACAUUUUAAAUGGAGCGUGGGCAGUCGAUUUUUUCAGCUCCUUUAUAAUUCUUCCAAGUGUGGAGACAACAUCAGGAGGUUAUAUGAUUAUAUCGACGACCAAAUUUGAUGGAUGCUUUACUUAAAGUUCUUCAAUGCACAAUUUAUGAGUAGAAGCAAGAAUACCAAGAACAAUACAAGAACAUAGGAGAAAACAAUUAUAUUUCAUUCACUUUUCUAAUGAACUCAAACAAAACAUCAUUAUUGUGUAGACAACAUCUGUGUGAUUUUUAUUUUGAGUUGAGUGCAUUAUUUUGUCCU